CUGCGUAUCGCUUAGCUUGCCUCGGUUGUGUACACAUAGUGGUGUACAAGACUUUUGACAUACCCAAUUGGUGAAAUAUUGUUCCAGUAGGGACACUUCGCCCAGAAUGGAUCCAUUUACUGAGAAAUUGUUGGAGCGAACCAGGGCUCGCAGAGAAAACCUGCAGAAGAAAAUGGCCGAAAGACCAAAUGCAGCAAACAGACAGAUGGUCAAAAGAGCCAGAGAGCCACUGGCUGACAACAAUAGUGUGAUCAGUGAGCCAGUCAUUGAUAAAGCUCCACAGGUUUCCUCCAAGCCCUCUCCCUCCAAGCGCCGGUGCUCAGGGGAAAAUGUCCAGCCUGCAGUUGGUGAGGAGAACCAAGAGCCGAUGAUGACACGCCCUGUGGCCCAUAUGCCCUCAGAUCCUCCCACAGACAAGAAGCCUCCAGUGGGGCCAGGCAGCAGACAUUCCUCCUCCAUGGAGAAGACUGCUACCCGGCCGGCUGUCCAAUGUCAGGCAGGGCACCUGAAAACUGUACAGCCAGAGCCAGAGAAGAUGGCUGUCACCCCUGCUCCUGAUGAUCUGAGCAGCAGAGAGGCAGAGAUGGUGCCUGCCAGUCCAGCUCUCCAGAGGACCAAGGAGGAGGUAGUGGAAGAUCCAGCUCCAUGUGUUGUUGGCAUGAAGUCACGUCUACAGAGGCUAGCUGAGCAAAGAAAAUGUUGGGAUGGUGACGGUACAUCUGAUGCAGCUCCACACUGUACUCCCCUGUCCCUGUUGAAGAGACAAGUUGAGGUCCCACCAGCUGCUGUCCCCUCCGUGUCCUCAGAAACUCCACUAGGGAGGAGAGGCAGAUUGGCCAAUCUUGCUGUCACCAUUGGAUCCUGGGAAGACGACCUAAGCCAUGCUAAUAUCCCCAAAGAGGAUGCAAAAGAGAAGCCCGGUAAAGCUGUUCCCAAGUUAGCUGCCAGAGAUGUCACUGUGGCUGCCAGCACUAAGCCAAGUGCUUCUGGAGGCCAUGUGGUGGCCAGUUCAACAGCAAGCAGCAAACCUGCAUCCAUCUCUAAUCAGCAGGCUGUGUAUUCUCCUGUCAAGUCUAGCCAAGUUGUUCUCCCAAGCCCUCAGAAAGCUGACAUCCCAGCAGCCAGACAUGCACUUCAGUCAAUAACUAGUCCUCAGAAGAGAUCCAACCAGGGGGUGACCUUCACCUGUAGUCCUCAGAAGAGCUACAACCAUGGAGCGGUCCUCCCGUCCAGUCCCCAGAAGACCGGUUCCUCCUCCUCAACAUCUGUGCCUCAAAGCCCCCUGAAGAAUCAGGCCCUCUCCAGGGGUCUCAACCUCACAGCCAGCCCCCAGAAGCCAGAGCUCCGUCCCAAGCCUGCUAUUGUUAGCCCCUCUGUCCCGCAGGAAAAGGCCAAUGCUGGAGGUGUAAAAUCUUUCCUGGAGCGCUUUGGAGAGAGGUGCCAGGAGCGUACCAACCAGAGCUCUCCAGCAGGGGGUGCAACCCAGGCCAAGACUCUUACUGUAACUCCAACAGUCACACCAAACACCAGACUGGUGCAGGAGAAACUCAGAACUGCCCAGGCUGCAAACACGACCACUGCUGAUCUCACCCAAAGACAGAAGCUGGAGCGUGAGUCUGAGCUGGCUCAGAUUCGCUGUCGCUUCCAGAAGGGGAAGAACAUGUGGAAUAACAAAGAUGAAGCAACAGAAACCAAGAACAAGUCAGACAUCAAGGAACAGCUUGUGGAGCCUGUGGAGAGUGGAGUUGCCCCACGCGAGUCACAGGAUGAACCCACAGCACAGCUGACAGAGAAAACAGACACACCCACCACAGUCACUCCUCCAGGUCCUGCAUUGGUGGUCUCGCCUCCAGCACACACUUCCAGUCCUCUGAGGGAGGCUGCCCGGACUGUCGAUAAACCAGCUGAUGAGAGAGCAGAAAGAGAGGAGGAGGUCACUGAAAGAGAGAUGAAUGUGGAUCAGUCCAUCAACUCAGCAGUUAUUAACGAGCUGUUCGAUGGAGUUCUGGAGCAGAGUGAAGAUCACGAUGAGGAGGAGGAGGAAGAUGCUUUGAAUAUCUCUUCCAUGUCCCUCCUCACUCCACUGGCAGAGACUGUGGCUGCUGUGGUGAGGAGUCCAGAGAGGAGAAUGAUGACAUCAACUCCAGCCAGUUCAUUCAUUGUGAAGAACAAGACUCCAGACGUUUCCAAUUCCAGCAAGUUCCAGAGGACUAAUAUGAUACGGUGUGCCUCCUCCGACAGUGUCGAUGCCUCAGAUGAUGACCACAAACUGCCUUACAGCAUUGAUGCAUACAGGUCCACCAGAGUGAAGGAGACUGAGAGACCCAACGUGAAGCAGGUUAUUGUGAGAAAAGAGGAUGUUUCUCACAGAGCAGAAGAGCCCAGAGGAUCCAGUCUCUUCAGUAUCAAACAGAAGAUGAAGAUUCUAACAAAUGAGAUGAACCUGCAGCAGACAGUCAUUCAUCAGGCCAGUCAGGCACUCAACUGCUGUACAGAUGAGGAGCACGGCAAAGGAUCCCAGGUGGAGGCUGAAGCAGAGAGGCUGCUGGUGGUGGCAAUGGAGAGGAGGGAGGCACUAAAGGCAGAGCUGGACCAUCUGAAAGGAGGACCAGCAGGACAGAAAAAGGCACUUGUGGCCCCAGAACCCACUGGCAUGUCUGCCUCCAAGGGCUCCAUCACCCUGCAGGAGUUGCGCCUGCCUCUGAAGGCAGACUUUGUUUGCUCCACUGCCAACAGGCCAGACUCAACCAAAUAUUCCUUCUUCAUCAUGAUCCGGGCUGGAGCAGAGAACACUGUGGCCACUCCGCUGGCCAGCACACACCGUGGCCUCAGUGGAGACACCCUCACUUUUCCCACUAAAUUCACCAUAUCUGAUGUCUCCAGUGACUUUGUGAUUGAUAUUGAGAUCUAUGGCCUGGUGCAGAAAAGUGAGGUCUGCAGUGACAAGAAGAAGAAACCCAGCAAAUCAAAGGCAAUCACUCCAAAGAGAUUCCUCGGCAUCACUAAAAGUGGACAGACACCAGUUGUGGCCAGUCCAGGAGGCCCCAAUGCUGUUCGUACCAGUAACUUUGUCCUGGUCGGAUCACACAAGCUCACUCUGUCAUCUAUUGGGAAAAACAAAUUUCCUUUGGAGAAGAUCAAAUAUGAAGGAUGUGAAAGAGAACUACUCAGUGGCAUGUUUCAUACCAAGGUGCCGUUCUUGUGCCCCCUGGAGGGCCACAUCUACCUCAAGAUGCAGUGUGAAGUUGGCUCAAAGGUGGAGGAGAGGGGCUUCCUGACGAUGUUUGAAGAUGUGAGUGGAUUUGGAGCGUGGCACAGGAGGUGGUGUGUCCUGUCAGGGUACUACAUCUCCUACUGGACCUACCCAGAUGAUGAGAAGCGCAAGAAUCCCAUCGCUCGCAUCAACCUGGCAAACUGCACCAGUAAGCAAGUGGAACCAGCCAACAGAGAGUUUUGUGCUAGACCAAACACGUUUGAGCUGAUCACAGUCAGACCACAGAGAGAGGACGACAAAGAGACACUGGUCAGUCAGUGCAAGAAUACCAUGUGUGUCACCAAAAACUGGCUCAGUGCUGACACGAAGGACGAGAGGAAUCUGUGGAUGAAGAAACUGAACCAGAUUCUGGUGGAUCUGCGGAUGUGGCAGCCAGACGCUUGUUACAGGCCACUGUAAUCACUGCACUUUGUCACAACCAGCCCCUCUAUGUUUUGGACUGUCAAUAUCAGUGACACAUGCAAUUACUAAGUGCAAUACAGUAUGAGAAUCAUUAAAUAUUUUAACUUGUUGAUGUUUUACAGGAAAUAAGUAAAUAAACACAUAAGUUGUCGCUCAGAGGAAAGUAUACAAAGCCAUAGAUCUGAAACAUUUCAGUACAGUAUUUUGUGCAGGAGUCUGGGUUGUUACUAUAUUUUAUAAAUUUCCACACUGAUUUGAUACUUUGGUUUUGGGUAUUGUUGAAUUGCCACCUCUUUUGUUAAUGCCAGCACUUGGUGUGCUUGAUGUAUGACUUUAAAUUAUUUGGUUUCAUUGCUGAAAUCAAUAUAUAAAUGGUGCUGAAAACGCAGAUGAAUACUAAUUGAAGCACCGCAGUUUUAUCACUGAAUGAAUGCUCUGUAUUUUAUCCUGCAUGGCAGCACAGAACAAUGCUGAUGCUUUUGAUAAGGUUUCACUUUAUAUAUAUAUAUAUAUAUAUAUAUAUAUAUAUUAGCUUUUAUACUUUGUGACAGGACUUACAGAUGUUUUUUUCUUCAUUGCCAUGCACAUAUAUUUAAUAACCUUUUAUACCCAAGCUUUCAUUCUAUUUGCACUGUGUCAUCAGUGUUAAUGUAAUUGCUUCAGUGUGGUAGUUGAAGUUUGGAUAAGUGGGGGUAAGGUCUGUUACAUAUUCUGCUCUACAGCCUGACCAACACCAAUUUAAGGCUAAAACCAAAACUGAUAUUUGACAGUUUAAAAAGUCUCAUUUAUAUUGGCCAAAAUAUUUUUUGUGUAUAAAUAAAAAGAGUUGUGCCUUCACACUUUAUUACUUGUCAGCUAUACACUGAUGCCAAUACAUUUGAUAUUUGUUAUAUCAGCCUUUAUUUCAUGUCGAAUGAAAAAAAAAAAGGUAAAUGCAACAGCAGAAGAUGCUGUCAGACAUUCUCGACUACAAGUUUUGCUUGUGUUGCUUAAACAGAGUAUGUAACAGACUUUACAGUGAGCCUGGAGGUGUGUGACAAUGUUUUACUUGUUUAGGUAAGACAAUGCUUUAUCAGCAUGUUGAUGAUUUACAUAACUACACUGCUUUGUUUCUGAAUACCUUUUACAUACAUUUUCAUCAUGAAGAAGAGUGAGCAGGGAAAUAUGAGUGCUUUACUUUAAGUUCUUUAACUCAAGUUUAUAAUUGACCAGGUAUAUGUGGAUCAAUGAGUCUUCAAUAAAUUCCUGCUCUGACAAAAAUG